GCCACAACACAAUCGCCGAGCAGAGAAGGCUUCUAAAGCCCAGCCGGACCGUGGCUCUGGUCAGUUCGUGGUUUAGCUUCUCAUUGGCCGGACGCGUCUACAUACAUUGAUCUCUCAAUUCCAAAGUGCGGUUCUCUGUCUCUGCUCUCCUCCAAGUGAUUCUGAAUUUGUCACAGUCUAAAGUUCCAUUGAAAUUGGCUUCCAUUGAAUCAAAAUCGAAAUGCGUUCGUGCGGUCCGAGCUUAAUAAAAUAUGUCCUGUUUGCCUUCAAUGUGCUCUUUGCGCUCUCGGGCCUGGGAAUACUCAUUGCCGGAGCGAUUGUGCUGGCCGAUGUCAAUGAGUUUAAUCACUUUGUGGAGGGCCGCGUGAUAGCACCGCCCAUUGUCUUGAUUGUGACGGGACUGGUCAUAUUCCUGAUCGCCUCGCUGGGCUGCUUCGGCGCGAUCAAGGAGUCACCAACGCUUCUGCUGACGUUCGCUGUUCUUUUGGCCGUCAUCUUCAUCGUUGAGCUGGCCGUGGGCAUUGCCGCCAGCGUGUUUAAGAAGGACCUGGAGAUGAUGGUGAAGAACUCCCUUCAGGAGUCUAUUAAGCGCUCCAGCAGCGAGGACACCAUGGCCUGGGACAACAUCCAGCGGAAGCUGAUGUGCUGCGGCGUCGAUACCCCGGCUGACUGGCGGGCCAUCAGCGCCAACAAAACGCUCCCGGCAAGCUGCUGUCAGCCGCAGUUCAUCGACACGACUGUCGGGCAUUGCCUGGACUCGCCGGCCCUCGGCAAGGACAAGUUCUACCAGGACGGAUGCGUGGGCAAGCUGAAGGAUCGCAUCGAUAAGAACGCCAGCAUCCUGAUCGGAGUGGGCAUCGGCAUUGCCUUCAUCCAGAUACUGGGCAUUGUCCUCGCCUGCUAUCUGGCCUCCUCCAUCCGGCGGGAACAGGCCAAGUAAUCCACCUCGCAUUCCCCAUUCCUGUUCGUUUCCAUAUUUAUAUCUAUAUUAUUAAUAACUAUUGAAAUGCAUGUAGUGGCAUUGGCUUGAAGGUCGAAACCCACCCAAUUUGUGCUCAACUAAGCGGACCGGAUUGUAUAUCGAAGAAUAUGAUUAGAAGAAAGCGCAACAAACACUCCUCUUCAUCGCAAUUCUCCCUACUGUUUCACCUGUUUCUCAAUCAUUGCCUUCUUUUCGUCAAUUAAACUAUUCAAACCUAUUCUUCCGAUGUUUGCAAAUACCUCGAGAAAUACCUAUAAUGGAAUCUAAGGCUAUAACAUUGAAUCUGACUUGGAAGAUAUUGCAAACUGUCGUCCAUUUAAAAAUACGUUUCUGUUUCUCUUACCUUCUGU